AUGAGCUCCUGCUUGGUUUGCGGACCUUUUCACUCUUCUACAGAUGUCUCCACCGUGGAGAAAGGGGAACCAACCGCCAUUUCAGCAGACUCAGAGGUCCUGCAGGAUAUUCAGACCUUGCGAGACAUGUUGACGAAAAAGGUGCACAUGAUGGAUACGGUCAGAAUGCACCAAAAUGCUAUGGAGGUGGUAAUGAAAGAAUUGGGCGAACAAGUCGAGACUGCCAGGUAUGCGCUUGAUGAUCUUUCGAGCAAGUUUCAGCCUUCAACUGACGUGGAGAAGGGGGCCGAGAUAUUGACGAUGGAAGUCCGUGAACAAGCCAUCGAUUCGCCUGUGCGAGCUGGCGCUCCACCUAAACCUGAACAACAGGCCAUUGCGGAGCUGGAGGAGGAAAAGGCGGAGAAGACCUCCACUGAAAGCCAGCAUUCCGAGGAGCAGAGCGGGGGACAACCAGGAACUUUGCUGUCGAAGCUGCAGUCUCAAAUCAAGACUCCGACGGCCAGCAUGCCAUCCUGCAAAGAUGGUGUCUACCAGUUCAUCAAGGCUUGGUGCAGGAUGUUGGUUGAUGAGAAAGGGUUUGUCGGGCGAUGGUUCGAGGGAAUUGUUUGCGUGGUGAUCAUCGUAAACUCCAUUUUGAUCGGCGUCGAGUCAGAAGUUGCGCUGACCCAAGACACCUCCAGCUGGGCAAGGCCUUUGGAGGUUACUUUUCUGACCAUCUACACGGUGGAACUGGCCGUGCGUCUGGUUGCCAAGGGGCAGAAGUGCUUCUAUGACCGAUGGUUUCAGUUUGACUUCAUUUUGGUCGUUAUCACCCUGCUGGGCCAAAUCAUCGCCGCCUUUUCGGAGACGGUCGCGCAAGCCAUGCAGCAGGUCCUGGUUUUGAGAGCGCUCCGUUUAUUGCGCCUCGUCCGGGCCUUUAAGAUGGUCAAGCAGCUUCGUACGAUUUGGCGCCUGGUUUACGGGCUGAUAACCUCCGGUGAAACCAUGUUUUCCGUUCUGGGUCUUCUGGUGCUCGUGAUCUAUGUCUUUGCUGUGAUCA